AUGAAGGCCACAACCGCUCUCACCUUUUUGGUCGCCACACUGGCCUCUGCCAGCCCUACUGGCAUCCUUGAAGACCGUCAGCUCCUCGGAGGUCGAGUCGGUGCCGUAGCCAAAGAGUUCACCAUGGGGGGCUGCAAGCCGAUCAUCAUGAUAUUCGCCCGUGGAUCUACCGAGAUCGGCAACAUGGGGGCCAUCUGCGGUCCACCCACCGCCAACGGUGUCAAGGCCAAGUUUGGAGCUGGAAACGUUGCCGUUGAGGGCGUUGACUACGCCGCUGGCCUUGCAACCAACUUCCUCCGCGGCGGCGCCGACCCCGUAGGCAUCACCGAGAUGAAGCGACUGAUCGCAAAGGCCAACGCCGAGUGCCCGGACUCGAUGCUCGUGGUGGGCGGCUACUCGCAGGGCGCGGCUCUGACGCACCGGGCCGUGGAGAACCUGCCGCAGGCACAAAAGAACCAGAUCAAGGCGGCAUUCACGUUUGGCGACACCCAGAAGCAGCAGGACCGCAACCAGAUCAAGGGCUUCCCCCGGGAAAAGACAAACAUCAUUUGCCAGCCUGGUGACCUCGUCUGCGUCGGCACCCUCACCAUCACCCCGGCCCACCUGAGCUACGGCGUCAGGGCCAACGAACAGGUCGCCUUCAUCACCAAGGCGCUAAUGGCUGCCGGCGCCGGCGCCGCGCGAUGAGCCGUUGUGAGAAAAAAAAAAAAGCUUC